AUGGCAGCUGCUACGGCUGCCUUAUAUGUCACCAAGGGCAAAAGCGACAAAUCCAAAAAAUCGUCAACAAAUUAUCCUCUGGAUGCCGAGGGCAAACUCUCCUCCGCAAGCGCUGCAACUUCACUCAAGCAUGCCCACCCCGAAGAUCUACCGGCCUAUCCAGUCGUAGGUCUCACGAACACAGAGUCAUCGGCGGGCGCCGCAGCCAGCCUCGCAAAUGCGACUCAGAAACCCUUCGAGCAUUGGAAACCUGGUGACAUCCCGGCAGCCAACAAGGCGGCGCAUAUGGCCAAAGACUACAAACCUGAUCCACUAUGGCAACCUGAGUUGAGUGCUGAGGGAUCCAAAGCUGCGCUCCAGGCGCACAGAGAAGGUGCAGAUGUCAAGAUUUGGAGGCCUCCAGCCACGGACGCUGGGCAAUCUGCUGCAGGACAGGCUAUGCGAAAAAAGAAUCUAAGUCCUAAACUUGAUUACGGGCGGACGACAGAGGGCGAGAGAAGGGCGCUCAUUGCUGCGGCAGGCGCCUUUUCCGGCAGACGACGAUCGGGCUCAGUUCCUACUCUAACAUCGUCGUAUCCUGAUUCAAACAAAUCUGCAGCAAACGCGCUGAAAGCCGCCACUGCAGCCAACAGGCCUUCGAAGGGCACAUCGCCCCAGGCACCAUCUACGCAGCCAGCUAUCAACGCUGGCAAGAUUCACAAUGCCGCUGUUACUAAUCUCUCACGUGAGAUGUACACCUCUCAUCCUCCAGUUGCGCCAGAGCUUGAAGAAAAGAAGAGGCAGGAUAUGCUUCGCGCCGCUUCCGUAUCAAUGGCGAAGAAGAUGUUCGAAGUGCAGCAGAAGCAGAAAGAAGAAUCUGCUGUUCUAGCGCAAUCGGAUAGCCGAUAUGCAGCAAGUGCUGCUGGCGAUCGACCACAAUCUUCUGCAUCCUCCUCUGGUGAUACUGCUCCACCAAGAUAUACCAAUUUGGAAGAAGCCGCGAAAAAGCUAGCGGCGGAACGGUUGGCUAAGCUUCAUGACGAGCACGCAGCAUACAGGGACUACUAUGGCGCACAGAAACCUCAGGGAAGGAGAAUCUCGAUACGUGGACGAAGACGUGCUUCUAGCGAUGGGCAAGUUGGAGAUGAUUCAGACGAGGAGAGGUCACGUCAAAUACGUAACCAAAUGUCGCUGUUCUCAAAUAAUAUUGCUCAAGUCGACCUCAAGAAACGGAAAAACGAUCGCGAAUCUCUCAUGGCUGCGGCUCAAAGGAACGUCAGAGCAAGUAUGACAGCACAAGAUGCACGAGUCUUCAACGAGACUGGCAAGGUGUCUCCCGCCAUGAUGGCAGAGUGGGAAGCCAAAGCCAAAGCCAAAGCAGAAGCCGACAGUGAGUCUAGGAUGGUUAAUCAUGGGAUGGUCAGUAUCGGUGGUGGCAAGUUCCUUGACCAGUCAGAAGUGAAUGCUAUUGCUGCCGCGAAAGUACAGCCAACACUCGAUGAGAUCACAGAGACGGCUGAGAGGCACCGCGAAAGAGAUGAAGAGCUCAGACAGCAGCAACUUGAAAGAGAACAUAUUGCUGCUGAAAAGGCAGCGGAUGAUAAGGAGCGUGCGGAGAGAACAAAGGAGGACUGGCGAAAGUUUCGAGAUGAUGAGAAGCAAGACGAGAAGGCAAGAAAGGAAGAGGCCAAAGCAAGACGAGCAGAAGAAAAACGAGCAAAGAAUCAAGACUCCCGUAAGUCGGGGGAUAAGACUGCUAUCGGAAGGAUUAAAAGCGUUCUCCAUAAAGAUGAGACAGAGCCAUCGAACACGGGGAAUCAAGAAGCGCUUGAAAAGCUUGAGGGCAAGGGAGCGACUUCCAAAGAAGAGCGGCCAUCAGUGGAAGAGGAAGAGUUGACGAGUGAACCUGACAACGCCAAAGAGGAACAACGAUCAAGCAAGAUGGAAGAGCUCGUCAUAGCCGAAGACGCCCCAGUUGCAGGAACAGUAACCGUAUCGAAAGUGGCCGAGGCGGCUCCGACUGCUCCAAAUCCCCCUGCAGAGAGUACAGGAUCCAAAAUCAAGCCGGAGGCUCCAGUGGCAGAGCGUAUUGCACCACCUGUUGUAGCCGUUGCCCCUAGCACAGAAACAACAGUCACCGGUCCAUCUACCCCCAAAUCACCCACCAAAGAAAAGGACUCAUCCAGAGUCUCAACAUGGCUCAAAAACAAACUUGGCCGCCGCACAAGCAAGGCCGUACCUACUUUUAGCAGCGACAACAAACCCAUUAUAUCCGAACCAAAAGACCCCCAAGUCUUCAUCGGCUCAACGAACCUAGGCGCACCCGAUAUAGCCACCACAGCCACAUCUUCAGAACCAGGUGGAGACUCCAGCAUGCGCGAGGUAGCCCUAGCAGGUAAAGACGCAGGACCCGUGGACGCUCCAGUCGUCUCCCCGGAAAGCGAAGUAGACCAAGAAACAGUCGAAGCACCGAUGGUAUCUGGAGGUCUGGCUAGCCAUCCACCAGCAGAAGCCCUGGCGCAUGACGACGGCGACGACUCAACUUCCAUCAGCUCCCUCAGCAGCGACGAGGACACCCGCGGUCGCUCCUCAGUCAGACUGGCUGAUCAAAUCGCCGCGAACCAGCAGGGCGCCAUCUUCGGCAGCACAGCGGCCACUACCACCACCGACCGCCCCACCGGCGCCGCAACAAAGGAUUUUGCCCCCGUCGCCGAGGCAACGCAAUCGUCGAGCGUGGAUCCAGCGUCGGAGGAGUUCGAAGAAGCGAAAGAUCAGUUCGAUGAAAGUGCGGCGCCCUUGCCACCACCUGACAAGACUGUUCUGGGCUCGAGCGUCGGAGAAGGCAGAAAGAGCGAUAGUCCGGCUCGGGAUAGGGUGGAAGAUCUGAGUUGGCCUGGCUUGAAGAUUCAGCUGACGGAUGAAGGGGAUAAGCCGAAGGAUGAGCCCGUGGGGUUGAAGGUCGAGGAUAAGGUGUAA